UGUAACAGGAGCAAUGUGUUUUUGCCAUUCUGCCCUCAUCAUGGCUGCACUGCUGUCCUGCAGAGUGUUGCUUAGGAGGGGCAGCUGGACUCUGCGCUGCCCUGUCACUGUGUCUCCAGUCUGCUCCAGGGGUGUGAGAAGAUCCUCGUCUGCUCCAGGAGCCCUCUCUGCUUUCCAGGACAAGCCUCGGACAGUGGAGGACCUCCCACAUGUCAGCUUCCUGGAGCUGCUUUACAGACUGAUAUUUCAGGGAUUCCACAACCGUAUGCAUGAGCUGCAGAUCUAUGAGAAGCAGCUCUAUGGGCCUAUAUACAGAGACGGACUUAAGUCGGUGUCAGUGAACACCCCAAAGCUGCUGGAGGAGGUCUUGCGACAGGAUGAGAAGUUUCCUUGUCGAGGAGACAUGUCCCUGUGGAAAGAGUAUCGUGAUAUGAAAGGAUAUGGCUAUGGGCCUUUCACAGAGGAGGGGGAGGACUGGUACCACCUGAGGGUGGUGCUGAAUAAGCGCAUGCUGCACCCGAAGGACUCUGCCCAGUAUGGUGGGAUUAUCAAUGACGUGGUUAAAGACUUCACCAAGAAGAUCUGCUAUCUGCGCCAACGCAGCCCGACAGGCGAUUUUGUGACCAACGUGGCCAAUGAGUUUUACCUGUUCUCACUAGAGAGUAUUGCCUCCAUAUUGUUUGAGACCAGACUUGGGUGUCUGGAAAGGGAAAUUCCUGGUGGUACACAAGAAUUCAUCAACUCUAUAGCCCAGAUGUUCUCCAACAGUACGGUGGUCAUGUUGAUUCCUAAGUGGGGCCGUAACCUCCUGCCUCACUGGAAGCACUAUAUGGCUGGCUGGGAAGGCAUCUUCAACUUUGCGAAAGAGUUGAUUGACAAGAAGAUGGGAGCCAUCCAGCAACGAAUCGAAAACAACCAGGAUGUGGAGGGCGAAUACCUGACAUACCUCCUCUCAAAAACUCAGAUGAGCACUAAAGAUGUGUAUGGCAGCAUCGCCGAGCUUCUCUUAGCUGGAGUGGACACGACCUCCAACACCCUUACGUGGGCUCUGUACCUGCUGUCCAAGAACCCUCUAAUCCAGGACAGACUCUAUGAAGAAGUGUCCACAUCAGUACCAGCAGACCGGGAUCCCACAGCAGCAGAGGUCACUGGCAUGUUAUACUUAAAGGCUGUUAUCAAGGAAACACUCAGGAUGUAUCCUGUGGUUCCUCUGAAUGCAAGGAUCUUAACAGAAAAAAGUGUUACUAUUGGUGGAUAUCAGUUUCCAAAGAAGACCCCUUUCUUGUUUUGUCAUUAUGCCAUCAGUCAUGAUGAGGACACGUUUCCAGAGGCAUUCACAUUUAAACCAGAGAGAUGGCUCCGUGACGGCCGAGAGAGGCCAAACCCCUUUGGCUCCAUCCCGUUUGGUUUUGGAGUGAGAGGCUGUGUGGGUCGCCGGAUUGCUGAGCUUGAGAUGUAUUUGCUUCUAUUUCAGCUAAUCCGGCAGUUUGAAAUCAAACCAGACUCCUCAAUGGGUGAACUGAAGUCCAUCAACCGCACCGUUCUGAUACCAGACAAUCAACUAAACCUGCACUUUGUGGACAGACAUUGUAAAAAUGCAUUCUGAUUUGGUUUUGCAGAUUGUUUUGAAAGAAAUGUUAAAGAACAAACUGUCUGUAUGUCUGUAAUAAUUGCUGAUGUAUUAAGUGAAUCAGGCAGGAGGAGCAGUUUUGAAACCUUUUCUGUAAAUAAAUGCAGGUGAAAUUAUAAAAUACACGUUUGAACUUGCACAGCAUUUUUGUUAUCAAAAUGCCAAAAUGUCAUUAUCAAAGGACUGCUCGCAGUUUCACAUGCUUUUCUAUUUUUACCAUUAGUAAUGGUCACAUAAUCUUAAGUGCACAUGGCAUAUAUUUGCAUCAUUACCAAUAAUGACAGCAUAAAACUGUGUCUGUAGAUUAAUAAGGUGAAUCAAGUGUCAUCUGGGCUUACAUAUGUUUUAUGUUUCUAAAACUAGUAAAAAGAUAUUUUUGUGAACACUA